GGCCGCGCUGAAGAUGGCGUAUCAGAGUCUGCAGCAGGAGUACCUGCAGAUCCCCCUGGUAACGCGGGCUUAUACCACCGCCUGUGUGCUCACCACUGCUGCUGUGCAAUUAGAAAUAAUCACACCAUUCCAGUUGUACUUCAAUCCCGAGCUUAUAUUUAAACACUAUCAAAUUUGGAGAUUAAUCACAAAUUUCCUGUUUUUUGGUACAGUGGGAUUUAAUUUUUUGUUUAAUAUGAUAUUCCUAUAUCGAUAUUGCCGGAUGCUUGAAGAAGGGUCAUUCAGGGGUCGAACUGCAGACUUUGUGUUUAUGUUUCUCUUUGGUGGAUUUUUAAUGACUAUCUUUGGCUUGUUUGUCAAUCUAGUGUUCCUGGGUCAGGCCUUUACCAUUAUGCUCGUCUACAUAUGGAGCAGGAGAAAUCCUUACGUCAGGAUGAACUUCUUUGGGCUCCUUAAUUUUCAGGCUCCAUUCCUGCCCUGGGUACUAAUGGGCUUCUCAUUGUUGCUUGGGAAUUCAAUCAUAGUGGAUUUGCUAGGAAUCGCUGUUGGCCAUAUCUAUUAUUUUUUGGAAGACGUAUUUCCAAACCAACCUGGUGGGGGUCGGCUGCUCAGGACACCAAACAUUUUGAAAGUUGUUUUCGAUAUUCCGGAAGAAGACCCCAACUACAACCCGUUGCCCGAGGACCGGCCUGGGGGUUUCAACUGGGGUGAAGGACAGCGACUUGGGGGCUAGACUCAAAUCAACUGUAAGCAGCACUCACACUGCAGGGCUUCAAAGGAUAUAUUUGUUCUCUUUUGCCUCCCUACUGUUACCUGUCACCCUGGUUCAGUUCAAUAAAUGCCACCUUGCAGACUGCCAACGACCCACCAACCAGCAAGCACUUUCUGUACGAUGGAUACCUGUCAAAUCUCGAGGAUGAAUUACAAUUGGCCGACAGUGCCUGCAGCUUUGUCUGUUAUACUGGAAUCGCUGACGUUUCAAUGAGAUCUGUUCCAUCAAACUGGACAUCUGAGUGUUCACGUUAAUUGUCUCUUGGAAGAUCAAUCUUUGAAGUCACAUUCAUCUUAGUAGAAUGUGUAGCCAUAAUUUUUAUAUAACUGAUCGUUUUUAUGAGCAAUUGCUGACCGCUGUAGGAAUUCUUUUUACGAUGAAAACAGAACUCAACCCAUCAAACCUCACUGAACACGGAGAUCAAAUUUCUGAGCAAAAAGCCAGCAGAUGGAGUCCGAUCUAUUCUCAGCAGGAUUAAUGCAAGAAUAUGUUACCUAAGCACAGUCAACUUGCACAGUCUUUCCAUUGAUCUAUUUUGUCAGUCACACAUGUAGACAGCUAAGCCCAGUAAAUGUCAGUCGAGCCUCUAGCUAAUCAGUAUUGGUUAAACAGACCAACCCUUUGCUAUUGCACAUUCUUUCCAUGUUACAGGCUGGUGUCAGAUGACUGUAACCUGGUCAAACACAAAGAAACCUUUAGAUAAUUAACCACCAAUAAUCUGACAAUAUCUUCAGAACUUUUUCAGUGUUACGGUGCCUGGCAACUAGAUACCAUAAACCUGUGGCUAGAUCAAGGUAAAAAUGUGUUUGCUUGUGAUGUGUUAACUCUGAGAUUCAUAGUCCCACACAACACAACCCAAUGUAAGCAGCCCCGAAUAAUGAAGUGGGCAGGUAAACUUGCUUGCUGUCAGAAAUGAUUUGGUAGCAGGAGGCAGGCGUAUCGUGAGUAUUUCAGAUCCAUUGCAUGUAAUGGGAGGGUGAGAUGGUGUUUUCUGAAAAUUAAUUCUCUAUUAAAUUCUUACAAAUUAAUUAGCAGCACCCAAUUGUAGAGGGGUAUCUCAAUCAAAUUGCCUACAAAUCCAAAUACUAAGAAUGUCUGGUCUAUAUUACAACAGCCAGUUGGAUUAAUUCCAUCAAAUAAACAUGUAGAACACAAUGCUUGUGUUCACAAUGUGCCACAUUGGUCUUACUUGAGCGGGUGACCCACUGAGAGAAGCUGAUCGCAGGCUGGAGUUACUAACAUUUGAUUACAAAGCAGAGUUUUAAUUCCAAGGUCCAAGAUCACCACCUAGGAAAUGCUGUGAGCAUAGUGGGACUAACAGCAAAUAAACCAAAGGGCUGUGAACCAAGGGCAAUACUGUGAUCAUGCAGGGAGAUUGACAGGCUACCAAACUGCUUUCCUCAUACAAAAGCAAAAACAUUGCAGAUGCUGGAAAUCUGAAAUGUGAAGAUGCUGAAAAUAAUGAGCAGGUCAGGCAAAAUUUCUGAAGAGAGAAGGCUAAUAUUUCAGGUUGAUGAUGUUUCAUGGGAUAGUCUGGACACUGGGGAGAACUAAUGGUAUGUCGAUAUUUUAUGUUGUUUUGAAAACCUGUACACCAGUAAAUCACAGGCCUGUGCCUGGGUACUAAUGGGCUUGUACUGCAAAGUUUGAAACCUUUUAAUCAAUUCACAUUUGUGCCAAAUCUGAAGUACUUUAGAUGAUUCUAAUCAUAAAAUUUGACUCCCAUGAUCUGUGAUGAUUUGCUGAUUGUGAAGCUGUUAAGUAUAAUUUGUGUUUACAGCAGCUUGUCGAGUUUUGUUUCUACACAGAGCUACAUUCAGCUAGUUUCUUAACUCUUUCAGUGCAUUUGAUAGAGUGGACAGAAGUCUUGUUUUUAUCCUCUCUAGUCAUUUUAAUCAAAAUCUUUUGACAGGAAUUAAAUUAUUUCAGUUAAAUUA